AUGAAGAGGCAGAACGUGCGGACUCUGUCCCUCAUCAUCUGCACCUUCACCUACCUGCUGGUGGGCGCCGCCGUCUUCGACGCCCUGGAGUCGGACCACGAGAUGCGCGAGGAGGAGAAACUCAAAGAGACCCGGAUCAGGGGGAAGUACAACAUCAGCAGCGAGGACUACCGGCAGCUGGAGCUGGUCAUCCUGCAGUCGGAGCCGCACCGCGCCGGCGUCCAGUGGAANCGGCCAGGUUUCUACCACAGUUACUUUCCUGUAACUUCGGUGUGUUACGGGCACGCCGCCCCCGGCACCGACGCGGGCAAGGCCUUCUGCAUGUUCUACGCGGUGCUGGGCAUCCCGCUGACGCUGGUCAUGUUCCAGAGCCUGGGCGAGCGGAUGAACACCUUCGUGCGCUACCUGCUGAAGCGCAUCAAGAAGUGCUGCGGGAUGCGCAACACGGAGGUGUCCAUGGAGAACAUGGUGACUGUGGGCUUCUUCUCGUGCAUGGGGACGUUGUGCAUCGGCGCGGCCGCCUUCUCCCAGUGCGAGGAGUGGAGCUUCUUCCACGCCUACUACUACUGCUUCAUCACGUUGACUACCAUUGGGUUCGGGGACUACGUGGCCCUGCAGACCAAGGGCGCCCUGCAGAAGAAGCCGCUCUACGUGGCCUUCAGCUUUAUGUACAUCCUGGUGGGGCUGACGGUCAUCGGGGCCUUCCUCAACCUGGUGGUCCUCAGGUUCUUGACCAUGAACAGCGAGGACGAGCGGCGGGACGCGGAGGAGAGGGCGUCCCUGGCCGGGAACCGGAGCAGCAUGGUCAUCCACGUCCCCGACGAGCCGCUGCAGGGCCGGGCGCGCUGCAAGGCCGACGGGGACCUGCAGUCCGUGUGCUCCUGCUCCUGCUACCGGCCGCAGGGACGCGCUGGCCGCCCGGCGGGACACCAGAACUCCUUCAGCGCCCAGCUCGGCCCCCAGUACUUCCACUCCAUCUCCUACAAGAUCGAGGAGAUCUCGCCGAGCACACUGAAAAACAGCCUCUUCCCGUCCCCCAUCAGCUCCGUGUCCCCGGGGCUGCACAGCUUCACCGACGUGCACAGGCUCAUGCGCCGGCGGAGGUCCAUCUAG